AUGUCAUCUGUUAAUAACCAAAACUCAUCUGAAAGCAACACAACAGCUCAGUCCUACUCAAACGUACUUACUCAAAACACAGUCAAGUACCCAAACAAGGAUCAAGCGAUUAUAUUUAAUUCUUCUGAUGGAGCUAAGCUACAAGACUACCUACUUAAGCUUGGUCCAAUCGUCAACCCGAAAAAUAUAUUGUUCUGUUCCAGAAUUUCCAACAACAGAAUAUGUAUAUAUUUAGCAACUAAACAGUUAGUAGACACCUUUUUAGAGAAUCAUGGACAAAUAGAAGUAAAUGGUGAGAUCUUGAGAGGACGGAGAUUAGUUUCUCCUUCAGACCGUCUAGUGAUAUCAAAUGUGAGUCCUACAGUUCCUCACUCAGUUCUUAAUGAAAAACUACUGCAACUAGGUCUGAAACUCGUAUCGCCAAUUUCAUUCUUGAGAAUAGGUGCUCCACUUCCAGAGUACAGUCAUAUUCUGAGCUUUCGUAGACAAGUUUACAUAGAACUCAACCAACAGUCCCUAAAUAUCCCAGACUCCAUUGAAAUAACUCAUGAAAACCUAGCCUACCGCAUUUUUCUAUCGCUAGAUAGUCAAAAGUGUUUCAAAUGCAACAAACAAGGUCAUAUAGCUUCCCAGUGUCCAUUACCCUCCCAGCAACGACAAACAAAUCCACAUGAGACCCAAUCUACCAAAGAAACUAAAUCAACAAGCACACACCACACAAGCAAUCAACAAAUAAUAACAACAGAGACCCAAGAAACAGCACUAUCUCAACAAUUACCUAACCCGCGUGAAGCAGAUGUAGAUCUACCAAAUACUAGCCAAUCAGUAAUCGACAAAAGUUCAAUCCCCACCAGAAAAACGCAAGAGCUGAUACCAGAAAUACAAAAUUACACCCAACAAAACAAACCGGAUCAACAAAAUAGAGUUAUACCACACACUUCAACAGGCAGUAAAUUUAUAGCUACUCACAACAACCCAUCCCCAAAACGCUACUUCUCAGAAACAAUCUCACCGACAACUCCUACGCAUGAAAAUUUAACCCCUCCUACAUUUGCAGUUCCCAACAAUAUUAAAUCAAAGAAACAUAAAACAGAUAUGCAGUCAUCCUACAUCUCCCAAGACGCUCUAGCAACCGCCAAAACAUUCAUAGACAACCAGAUGCCUGCCCUUCCCUUGAAUUGUGACCAGUUUAAAAGCCUUCUCGAGAACAGUCAUGGAACACAAGACAUCACAAAUAUAAUUAAAGAUUAUACGGAUGACAUUAAAGGACUUAUAGAAAUGAUACUAUUAGUAUACUCCCACAUAACCGAUAAAACAGUCAAAAACAGAUGCACAAGACUCCGUAAAAAGCUAGAACGCUACAUUGACAACAACACUAACGAAUGCCUUAGUGAUACCUCCUCCAUAGAUUCAACUUUCUAA